UCGCAUGCUUCCAGAAACGUCACGAAAUGUGCACAUUAAAUUCUUCAACACCGCAAAAACCGAUCGCUCGCGCAUAAAAUUUUGAAUUUCAUCUGUUUUUAAUUACCACGAAAAGAGUUUUGAUAAUUACACAGUUUAUUUCGGCGAGACACGCAACAAAAUGACAACGGAAACAGAAACAGCACCGAUAUUUCCGAAGCUAAACGUCGAAGAUGAACCGGAGCUGGGAGCAACCGAGAUCGAGUCGAUGUGUAUGAAUUGCUAUGAGAAUGGCAUAACGCGUCUCCUGCUGACCGAGAUUCCCUUCUACAAAGCGGUAGUCAUCAUGUCCUUCUGCUGUGAGCAUUGUGGCUUCCAGAACAACGAAAUUCAACCGGGUGGUGAAAUGUCCCCCAAGGGUAUUCGCAUUCGGGUCAAGCUAGAGACGGUACAGGACCUGAACCGGCGUGUGGUCAAGUCGGAUUACUCGAGCGUUCGGAUAGAGAAGCUGGACUUCGAGAUUCCGGCGCAGUCGCAGAAGGGUGAAGUUACUACCAUCGAGGGGAUCCUCGAUCGGGUGGUACGAGGUCUGGAACAGGAUCAGCCGGUUCGUCGGAUACAGCAUCCGGAGGCGGCCGAACAGAUUGACGUUUUCGCUGACUCGUUGAGGCAGUUGAAAGAAAUGACGAAACCAUUCACGAUAGUUAUUGAAGACAUCUCUGGCAAUAGUUUCGUGGAAAAUCCAUUUGCGCCACUGCCGGAUCCGAAUACGAGCAUUUCACAUUUCAAAAGAAACAAAGAACAGAAUCACGUACUAGGAGUGUUCACACAUGCUGAGGUGACAGAGACGGAGGCAUGCUCGUCUAAUUCUAAUCGGCCAGAAACCAUUCCAGAAGAGGAAGACAAAAUAUUGAAACCGAUAGCGGAAGGUUCAUGGCCGCUCGAGGAAUUGCACGGAGAAGUACUGCAAUUUCAGACGACAUGUUCGGAAUGUUCUGCGGAUUGUGAGACCAAUAUGAAACUGACCAAGAUCCCGCACUUCAAGGAGGUUGUUAUUAUGGCAACGGUUUGCGAAAAUUGUGGCCUUCGGACGAACGAAGUAAAACCAGGCGGUGGAAUCGAAGAACGAGGUGUCAAGAUCGAAAUCACCGUUCGCGGAAGGAUCGAUUUCUCGCGAGAUGUACUGCAAUCUGAGUCCUGCAAUCUUUUCAUUCGGGAGCUUGAGUGCGAAGUGGGUGGUGGUGCCCUCGGGGGUCGUUUCACAACGAUCGAGGGUUUACUGACUGCCAUGAGAGAUCAGUUGAUGGAAAGUACUGGCAUGUUUAUGGAUUCGAACGAUGAGGAAACGAAACGGCGAAUGGAUGGCUUCUUCGGUCAGCUGGAUGCGGCCAUCGAGGGUAACAUGCAGCUGACCAUUGUGCUGGACGACCCGACAGGGAACAGCUAUGUUCAAUCGCUGAACGAUGACGGCACACCGGAUGGGGCACUGAGGAUAAUAAGAUAUCAUAGAUCACAUGAGCAGAACGAGGAGCUCGGAUUGAAUGAUAUGAAGACGGAGAAUUAUGGGGAAGGUGCAGUGGGGAACUGUACGGAUGGAGCACAAGAUUGAAGAUUAGUGUGAGCAGAUUUACGAAGAGUAAAUAAAAGGGUACUUUAGGUAA